AAAAAGGAACAUGAAGCCCCGUACAAAAGCAAAACUAACGCCCGUCGCUACCCUCCACAGGACGAGCAUGAGUUGCCGCGGCCGCAACGGGGAGCCUCUGCUGGUGGUGGACCGCUGCUGCUGCUUCUCCCUGAGGACGGGCGCGCUCAUCCUCGCCUCCUGCGAGAUCAUAUUCCUCCUCGCCAUUGUAAUUCUGAAUAUCGUUAUCCAACCAAAUAAAGAAGGAGCUGCUGUUGUCGUAGAGGGGCUGCUUCACAUCGGGGUGGCGAGUGUCCUCAUACAUGGCGUAAGAACAGACACUCCCACCCGAUGUGAAGCAGCCCCUCUACGACAACGCAAGCUCCUGGUGGAUGUGAAAGAUGCUUUUUUAAAGUUAUACGUGACUAUGCUUUAUCGUCAUCGUAGGGAAAUAAGACUUCAAUGUGACUGCAUCUGA